GUAACUUAGUAAAAAUGCAUGCAGCAGAUUUGGAGAAGCCCCUGGUAGAAAAGCAGGAUCAUUCCUCUUCAUUAAAGACUGGAGCAGAAAAAAGGGACGUGUCCAUUUCCAGACUGCGAGAGGCCUUUUCUCUUCGUCAUACAACGGAGAACAAGCCUCACAGCCCAAAGACUCCAGAAGCAAGAAGGAGCCCUCCAGGACAGAAAAGGGGUAUGCCAUCUUCUAGCACCUCAGAUGCCGUCUCUGACAGAGGCUUCCUGAGACCUCAGAAAGAGGCAACGAGUUCCGGUCAGGGACCCAGGGACCCUACGGACGGAGCGGAGGUGGAGAAGGACUCGGGGCACGGCAGCACUUCCGGGGAUUCUGAGGGGUUCAGCAUCCCAGACACGGGCAGUCACUGCAGCAGCGAGUGUGCGGCCAGCUCCCCAGAGGACAGGGGCUCACAGGAACAUGCGGAC